CAGCAGUCUUGUAGUCAUCCUGAAACCCGCUGAAGAAAUCGUCCUUGAAGAAUAGACCUCGGCGGGAGAUAGGCAGCCGGAGCCCCUCGCCCAGCAAAGAGCUCCCUAGUGACAUCCUGAAGGCGACUUGACUCGACUGUGGAGGACAAGGAUGGGGUGCUGUGGGGACAAUGGAGGGCCCGUGCGGGAGGAGGAGCGGAGACUCACUGAUGUUGUGUGGCUGGUGGCAUUCUUCCUAUUCCUAGUGUUGAUGAUUUUUAUUGGUGCCUUUGCUCUGGUGUUUGGUGAUCCCCUGCGGGUGGUGAACGGCUAUGACAGUUUUGGCAACGUGUGUGGGAGUGACAAUGAAGACAUGAAGGGACACCAGGAUUCCCUCUUAGUGUUCUCUGGUCAAGAUGUGACAGACUACAGCUACGUUCUGUUCUUCGAUGUCAAUGACCUGGAUGGAUCCCUCAAGACCUGCGUCAAAGAGUGCCCAGACAGAACUCUCCAUACCCUUCAGGAUAUACAUGAUUUCUACAACCGCACAGGAUCAAAGCUCUGCAGAUAUGAUUAUGACAAGUAUGAUGAGGAUGUGAGGUGGAUGGAUGACCUUCCGUACCCUUCCGUCAAUGCCAGUCUGCUGCUCAAUGACUGCCCCAAGCUGCCUAUCUUUCAGAGCAAGCCAGUGUUGAACCGGUGUGUCCCAUUGAAGGGGGAAGGGCUGCGGGGUGUGCUGUACAACCUGUAUGGCUACCUCAACACCAUGGAUGUGCUGGAGCAGGUAUUGGCUGACCUGUACGCCUCGUGGCACCUCAUCCUCAUCUUCAUCUUCAUCACGUUAUUGCUGUCAUGCCUGGUAAUGAUGUGCCUGCAUGUGAUGGCCAGCAUUGUGACAUAUGCCAUUGUGGUGGCUGUACUGCUGGUUUCUAUUGUGGCCUCAGUGUUGCUGUGGUGGAGUUACAUCAGUGUGCGACUGCAGUUGGACAGCUCGCCGAUGGAGCAGACCCUCAUGGAGACAGUGCGCAACGAACGGGCUCUGCUGGUUUAUGCAAUCCUGUCCACUAUCAUCAUGGUGAUCCUCAUUGUCCUGGUGUAUGUGAAGCCACACAUUGCCAUGGUGGCUGAGCUAUUCAAACAUGCUGGAGGCUGCCUCACCCAUCACCCAACCCUCCUACUGCAACCCGUGGUCACCUUUGUCGUCCUACUGGGGCUCUUCUUUCUGUGGGUGUGGGUGAUGGUAUCCUUAGCCACUGCAAAAAACCUGAGCAUAACCAGCCUGCAGUCACCACACCAAGAGAUGCUCCUGAACCAUUCUGCUCUAGAAAACAAGUCCCUUAAUUCCUCUGCCAUCAUGAAACCCACUCCCUUUGAGGCACUGGAGUACAUGGACCCGACAUGGGUGCGUUCCCUGUGGUGGGUGUGGGUCGUUGGCCUGGUGUGGGUGGCAGAGUUCAUCUUGGCCUGCCAGCAAAUGAUCAUUGCCUCUGCUGUGUCCACCUGGUAUUUCUCAAGACAAGGGACCGCAGGGAAGGGACGGCACCCAGUAUGGUGGUCGUGGCGGACACUGGUGAUGUACCACCUGGGCACCGUGGCUAAGGGCUCCCUGCUCAUCACUCUCUGCAAGCUGCCAAGACUCAUCAUCCAGUGGGCCACCAAGAAGUGCAAAGAUCCAGAAAACAGCUGCGCCCGGUGUGGCCUGCGUGCCUGCAGCUGCUGCCUGUGGUGCUUUGAAAAUUUCCUUAAGUACAUGAACCACAAUGCCUACACUGUCACCGCCACCAGAGGCACACCAUUCUGCACCUCUGCCAAGAUUGCAUGGCAAGUGGUGGUGACCAACAUGCUGCAGGUGGCCACUGUGAACAGUGUCGGGGAUUUGAUGCUGUUCUUGGCCAAGGUUGCUGUUACAGGAACUGUGUGCUGCAUUGCCCUGCCGGUGCUGCACGCUGACCCAACGCUCCACCUCUAUGCUAUUCCUCUCAUUGUCAUUGCUGUGUUUGCAUUCUUUAUCACCCACUGUGUGUUUUCUGUAUAUGAAAUGGCAGUGGACACACUCUUCCUAUGCUUCUCUGAUGACUACAACACCUACGACACAACAGACGGCCGGGAGCUGGUGGCUGACAAGGAGCUGUACGAGUUCAUGGUGAAGCACGAAGACAUUGACUACAAGAAGAGUCACAAGUCCAGGCACAGUGAGGUUCCUGAGACAAUUCGUUUCAAGGAAGUUCAGGAAGCAGUUUGAGUGUGGGUGAGUUGAAGGGGGCUGCUGCUCUCUGGGUGAGUCAUCCCUUGCUGGUAGAGGAAGGGUUUGAUGUGCAUUAUGAUGCGUUUAGAGGAGAGAUAAGUUAAUAGUGACAGCUCCCUGCUCACUGUUUGCUGCUAUGCAUCGAUAUUAUCCUACAUUAAAGAUUAAGUGUCUAGUUUAUGAUUGUAAUUAUUAGUUUAAGGAAUUUAGUUGUAGUUAUCUGUAUGUGUAAGGGUAUGUAGGUGAAGCAUUGUUGCCCAAAUGGGAUGAAAUUUCUCAUGACAGCAGGUUUGUGUAGAGUUAACAAGUGGCUGGCUGGCCAUGCUCUCAUUGAUGGUGGCCCUGCAGUGGUGGCCACAAGGGAAGAGGCUCCUUGUAGGCAUUAUUUUUUGCUUUCAACCAAAGCUUUACUGUGUUACUGUUAUUAUUUAUUCUUUACCUUCAUAUGUAUGCAAUAUUUUGUCACAUAUGCCAGUUUUCUAAGGAGCAGUCUGUGAAGCUUCUUUUUUAAUGAUUGAUUCAUUCUAUGUAAUACAUUUUCAGAUCAAGUCUUGGACAAAAAUUUAUUCAUGUGCUAUGCCAGUGUGCCUUGAAUUCUCUUUCGAUUAGUGCUCUAAAGUAUGUGGAUUAAGUAUAAAGUAAUGUGUAUGCUGUCAUUGGAAUAUUUAUGGUGAGUGAUGGGGAUUGUAAUGGAAAUACUAGUGAAAGGGAACACCUCAGGAUGCUGGCUGCUGUGAUGGCCUCAUGGACUCACUGCAGCCAGAUGUGUAGCAUUGUGUUUGUGUAUUUACAACAUUUUCACUUGCACACACCAACAUAAAAGACUUCACACGCACAAUGUAUCUUUGAUGGGUGUGGCAGAGGCACACAUAGGUGUCUUGGGUCCGAUAGUGUAAUGUUAUAUAUUAGAUCUGUGAUUUCCAGAUAUGUGAUAUUUGUGUUUACUGUAUAUUUAUCAGUUUUUUGAGGAACUAUAGAAUUUUUUAUCAUUAUAAACAUGAACAUGAUCUAUUUUUGUGCCACUAUUAAUGUACAAAGAAAAUAUUGUGCUGUUCUCAGAUUAUUUUGUGCAACGAAAGUAUUUUUGAUGAUUUUGUAAAGUGAAUGAAGUGUGUUUGUGAAGGUCAACAGAUAGGGAGUCAGCAGAAUUCAUACAGCGAAUGAAAACUUAAGAAUAUUUCAUCAUGUUUCUUGAGGUUACUUUGUCUUGAAACAGUUAUGCGAAUUAAGAAUAUUUCAUCAUGUUUCUCGAGGCUACUUUGUCUUGAAACAGUUAUGCGAAUUAAGUUAGGUGUGGCCUUCAGGCAAACGGGAGGAACUUGUUUAUAUUAGAUCCAUCCCUGUUGCAUUCUGUGGCCCUGUGAUGCCAAAAGAAAGAAAAUAUUGAUAAAAGUCAGGUUCCUAUGUUGUUCCUAUUUGUAUAACUGCUUUCUGGUAUACAUCCACUCUGGGAACUCCUUUAAUGUGGUUAUUUUCUUCUUGCUGGUGUAGAAUGCAUAAUUUUUCCGUGAGCUAGAUGCAGUCAUGAGGUAAUUGCUUGCUGGGAAAUGAGACUGCAGUAUUUUCCUUUGAGAGAUGAGGUGGCCAAGAUAGCAGCCUCCAUUAAGUGGUUCUUGGGGUUCAUGAUUGACUGUAUUCUUAAUAUGUAAAGCAGUUUUAUAGAGGAAUGGUUUUUAGACAAUGAAAACUGGGACUUUUUUUUUUCAAACUCUUAGGGCAUAUUCACAAAAUAUUUCCAUGGUUCAAAAUUCAUGCUAUUAAUUUUCAAAUGUAUAUAUUUUUAAAGAAGCAAUGAUGUACUAAUCAUUUCUAGUUUGGGAAUAUAAUCUUGUGUUUUAAUUUAAAUUUACUCUGGAAAUGUUUUAAAAACCUAACUAGUAGUAAAUGCAUUGCAGAUAGUUUGUGUACUGAUAAGUUUAAUGCUGCAUCUUGUGUUUACUUGUCAUUAAUCAAUGGACCAACAUUUAUGCAUAGUACCUGCAAUCAGCUUCCAGUAAUGUGAAUUGUAUGUGUCUUAACCAAUGAUCUCUAGUGUUUGUGAAAUCUCCAAAGAAGCAUCACCAUGAGAUUGAUUGACUACUUACUAUGGGUAAAUGGGAAGGUUAGGGUAUUAUCACGUGGUAGACGACAUACAUUGAGGUGUGUCUUGAGGCUCUUUUAUCUCAUUCAGUGAGGAUUUCGUAUCAGUGUGUAGGUUUGUGUGGUGUGAGGUGUCUCUGUACUGGGGCCACACAAGUUAAUGCUCUUAAUUACACUUGUCACAAGGAAAUGUGUAAUGUUAAACUGCCAUGUCCUUUUAUCUGAGCUGCCAUGGUGGAGGUACACCCUUAGUUGCAUGUUGUCUAGGUAGGUGAUAGGAGUUUAAUGCAUAAAAUUUAAUGUCCUAGUUGUGAAUGUGCUAUUGUACUUAGAAUAUGUUGUAAUAUUACUUCUUUUAUUAUAUAGGUGCUUGUGUACUUAUGCCCAAAUGCAACAGUGUGUAAGCUGCCUGUAGGUCAGAUAAAGGGAGUGUCUCAGUGUGUGGGUAAGGGCAAGCUGUCAUGUGGCUCCUUCUCACCUCAGUUGUGCUCAGGUCAAGCCAGGGGAGCUGCUUCACCACAGCUUCCCUGAAUCAGGCCUUGGAACAUUUGCAUCCAGUACUGUUGUGAUGACUAUAUAUUUUUGUUAUUUUUCACAUAAAAAAAUUAGCUCAUAUAAAAAUAAGUUCAGAUUACCAUGUCAAAAUAUUUGUUGUUCAAAGUGCUCCACUCACAAGUGUUUGUAGUAUAGUUGUACUCUUGCUUGUAAGUGAUGUUAGUGAAUGAUGGAAGGUCACACAAUUGUUUACCCAAUUUACAAGUAGUUCUUACUCAUAAAACAAUUUACUUUUAGGUUGAAUGUCCAGAACAAAGUGUGUUUAACAAAAUACCUAAAGCAUUCCCUGUAUUGUUUAUUUUUGGCAAAGAUAUUGAUUUUAACUUUACAAUAUUGUAAAAUGAACUUACAAAUGUCAGUGGGACCUUGUUAACAAAAGCAUGUUAACAGAACUAAUGUAAGAUGUGAUUAAUUAUUAUGUAUAAUUACA